UUUAAUUUGAUGACAUCCAGUGAAAACGAUAUGUAUCAAUUUCUCUUAAAUGACAUACUCCUUCUUGAAUAUUCAGGUUUAUGGGCUACGGAAGAGUAUUCUAAAAAUGAUGCGUAUCACAUUUACUCGAUAUUUGUUUUAAUUUUUUUAAUAUUUUUGGAUGUUUUGUGUAUGGUACUCCGUUUGCAAAAUGUUUCAGUCGAUUUGGAAACAUCUUCACCCUACUUUACCAUUUUAGCUAUCAAGCUUAUGGGAUGCGUGAAGCUGAUAAUGUUCAAGAAAAACAAGGGACUUGUUUGUGCUGUAAUAAAAUCUUUGAAUUCGAAUAGUUUCAGAGGGAAAACUAAGCGAGAAAGGAAGAUGACGGAAACUUCAUUUUAUUCACAUAAAAUUGCGUUCAGGACCUUCUUCACUGGUUGUUAUAUCUCUUGUUCACUGUUUGUUAUCCUUCCUUUGUUAAUGGCAGAAGGAAAAAUACUACCCUUCGAUGCUUGGUACCCUUACAGUUACGAAUACACACCUUGGUACAUCAUAACUUACGUUCACCAAGUGUUGGCUACCUUUAUCAUGACGAACUGUCAUAUAGGCAUUGAUACUUUUUCAGCAGGACUGAUGACUGCUGUCAGUUGUCAAUGUGAGAUUUUAGUCGAUAGAAUGAUGAGUCUGGACGAAAAAACUACGGAUUUUGAUGGGUUCUUUCGAAGGAAUGCUCAACAUCAUGGAGAAAUUCUUAUAUUAGCCAAAAGAUUGAAUAAAUUGUUCUCGUUUUACGCAUUUGCACAAAUGAGUUUGUGCGUUCUACUCUUCUGUACUGCAAUGUUCCGACUUUCUGUAGUAGAACCUGGGGGUCCUGAAUUUUUCACUGUGCUUCUCUUCAUCUCAGCAAUAAGCGUUCAAUUAUUUCUCUACUGCUGGUUUGGUAAUGAGGUUACUGUACAGAGCUCUAAACUUCAUCUCGCAGCUUUCCACUGCGACUGGAUCGGCUCACCAAUCAGUUUCCAGAAAAAGUUGAUUUUCUUCAUGAGGAAAUCUAUUGAACCCAUAAAAAUAUACGCACUCCAUUUUUUCCCAUUGUCCAUAAUGUCAUUUUCUAUGAUUAUGAAACACUCCUGGUCGUACUUUGCAGUGUUGCAGCAAAUGCACAAUCGAGAAUCUAUGUGCACUUUGACAGUCACUAUGUUUUUGAUGUCGCCAAUCUUGUUGAAUCAGAGGAAGAUGCCUUUCGAACAGUGGUAUCCUUACAGCUACGAGUCGAGUCCUUGGUUUGAAAUAACGUAUCUACAUCAAAUAAUCGGAACGUUUUUGAAUAGUUGUACAAAUGUUGGGGUUGAUACGUUUUCUGUAGGACUAAUGGUAGUACUAGGAUCACAGUGUGAACUUCUAGAAGAUAAAUUUUUGAAUUUCCAUGAGUUGGUAGAGAAAAAUAAUUUGCCAAUAGAAGGAGCAUCAGGAGAUGAGAAUCUUAAUUACGAUGAAAUUUUUUGUAAAUUGGUUCAGCAUCACCAACAAAUUUUAUUAUUUUCGAAGAGAUUAAAUAAAAUGUUCAACUACUAUACAUUCAUACAAAUUGCACUGUGCAUACUACUAUUUUGUACAGCUAUGUAUAGACUCUCAAUAGUGAAUUUCGACAAUUUCGAUUUCCUACCUAUUUUAGCUUUCAUAGGAACUAUAAGUGUACAACUUUUUCUAUAUUGUUGGUUUGGAAAUGAAGUUAAUCACAAGAGUUCAAAAUUACAUUUGGCAGCCUAUAAAAGUGACUGGGUAGGUUCUCCCAUAAGUUUUCAGAAAAAACUUUGUGUUUUCAUGCGUAGAACCAAAGAACCUAUACAGAUUUAUGCACUUUCUUUUUUCCCCCUGAACACAGUAACAUUCACAUCGGUUAUGCGUUCCUCGUGGUCAAUUUUCUUACUACUGCGUCAAGUAAACGAAUAAGAAAAUUAUUAGGAAUGCCCACAUAGCUG